CUUUUUACCAGUUAAAGUAUGUAUAUAUAUAGAAGCCCAAGAGAGAUUGGUUUUGAGUUUCCUCACGCCCAAUAUAACUAACCACGUCUUCUCCUGCGUAACUCGACAGCCCGCCCGCCGCCAUGAACAGCGACCAACCACCGAGUAAGAAGGAGUCCUCAGGGAUCUCGAUUUUGUCUCUUCCUUACGAUUUGCUAUUGAAUAUCUUAGCGCGCGUCUCUAGAUUGUACUAUCCAACUCUCUCCCUCGUCUCCAAAACGUUCCGAUCAGUCGUUGCAUCGCCGGAUCUUUACGAGACUCGCUCCCUCUUACACCGAACAGAGAGUUGUCUCUAUCUAUGCUUACGCUCCCAUCGACCAAACCUUCCUGAUCCUAUCCCAUAUUGGUUCGCUCUCUGUCGGAAACCUAACCGAACCGUAACCGACCAGACAAGUAGACAUCUUUUUAUCCCAAUCCCUUCUCCCCAUUUGCGUCCUGCUGAAUCUGUGGUAGCCGUUGGGUCUAAUAUCUACAAAAUCGGCGGGUACAUGUCCUCUUCUUCUAGAGUCUCGGUCCUUGAUUGUCGGUUCAACACGUGGCACAAGGCUCCAAGGAUGCGAGUGAAGAGGAGGUCCCCUGCAGCGAGCUUACUCGAUGGGAAGAUAUAUGUAGCAGGAGGGUGUAAAGACCUCAAUUCCGACAACUGGGUCGAGGUAUUUGAUCCAAAGACUCAAACUUGGGGAAAUGUGACGAACCCUGGCACUGAAAGAAGCCGUGGAGGUGAAGUCAAAAGCUUUGGCAUUGAAGGAAAAUUGUACCUCCUUGGUAAGGGGGAUGUGGUUUACGAUCCAGAGGAAGCUAGUUGGAACCCGAUAGGAUUGGGUAUGGAUUGGGCUUUUGCAGCAUUCUUUGUUCACGGCGUGAUAGGAGGCAUCAUGUUCUUUUGGGACGACGUAGAGUUUAGUUGGUAUGACUCGAAGGCAAAUUCAUGGAAGACUUUAAAUGGUGUUGAAGAUUUGCCUGAUUUUGGUGGCUAUUGUAAAAUGGUGGAUCUUGGUGAGAAGAAGAUGGCUGUGUUGUGGGAAGGUUAUGUGGGUUCGGAAAAAGUGAUUUGGUGUGCUCAGAUUGCGCUUGAGUUACGCGAUGGAGAUGAGAUGUGGGGGAAUAUCCUGUGGUUAGAUUCAGUGCUUACACUCCAAGAGCCAUGCCACUUGGUCGAUGCAAAUGUUCUUUCUGCUACGGUUUGAUGAAAUUACUACCGGUGACAGGUUUUUUUAACGCUCAUGGAAGAAUCAUUCACUUCUACUGCCUGUUGUUUCGUUUUUUUUUUCUUCUUUAGUUUUUUCUUGGCAGAAUACGACUUACAAUGACCCUUUAUCUUUUCACUAUUAGCUAAUACUAACAUAGAAUCCGGAGAAGCAAUAUAUAUAAUUACAAACAAUACAACAAAAAU